AUGAAGGACUUCCUUACCGUGACUUCUGCAGUCAUCUGCUUCUUUACCUUCGUCCCACUUGUCAUCGGUCUCCUCCUCUCUGACCUGGUCUGCUUCACUGUCAAGAAGACAGUUGGUCACAUCUACCCGAUCAUCGAUGGACAUCUGGCCGGGAGAUUCCUGAGCUACGAUGUGGCUAAGAUGAUGAUCUCGUUGCUGGUCCGAUUUGUCAUCUUCAUCUCGAGUGAUGGCACUUCCAAGAACCAAGCCAGCACCUCCCACCCCGGAGACAUCAAAGCCACACCUGCCAUCGUUGAGUUGAACUCGGCUGAGCCUGCUGAUACGCAGACCACAGGCAACACCGAAAUAUACGGUGUCGUGGAGCUUUCUGCAUCAGAGGUGCAGGAGCCGAAGACAGCCCACAAGAAUGUGGAGUCUGUGAUUGUGAACGUCGACAUUUCUGAACUUCUGAGUCAGACUAUCAAAGAGUUCCUGUCUCUUGAUGGCUUUGUCAACUCCAUCUACCAGACCGGGGUCGACGAAGAUGCUAUGUCUGCUACUUCCAAGGACAGUGACUCUGAUUCUGAAUCCUUCCACUCCUUCACUACAGACUCUGAUGACGAGUCUGAUUCCACUGAAGAGAGCAUCGCUAGCCAGGUCUUCAAAGAAGAACUAGCAGCAACGACGAGCAUUUCCAACAUAGGCAUUGCCGUCACAACCUCCAUCACUGCCACCUCCUCUGUCGACUGCAGCUUUGAGUUGCCCCCUACGAUCUCGUGCGAGGAAAACUUGGCUGAUGCAGCUGAAAGCAUUCACCUGCGGACUGUGGACUUCCUCGAUGACGUGGAUGAGGCAUGGCGAGUUUGGGACCGAUACAACGAGAUUUCAUUGCCCAAAUGCAGAUGGAUUUUGCUAGACAUCCCGGACGUUUUCGGUGACUGCCGCGGGCCAGUCUUGAAGCUGACAACGCCUGAAGGGAAAGUCAAGUAUCCUCAGGACAUGCGCAUCUACGAUGCCGUUCGCAGCUGGGCUGACGAAGACGUCGACGAAGAUGGCUACUGA